UCCCUUCCUCUUCCUAACCUCUCCCCUUCCCCCUUCCCCCUUCCCCCUUCCCCAUUCCCCCGCGCUCCCCUGCCCCUUUUCCCCUGUCUCACCAGGCGACCCAGCCAAUGCGUCUGCACCCGCCUCCGCUCCCCCUUCCACCCCCGGAUCCGCACCAGCACCCGGGGCUGACCUAAACAGCAGCGGCAACAGCAGCACCACCAAUAGCAGCAACAGCGCCAGCAGCGGAGGCAGCGCGCCGUUCAACAUGUCAGCGGACAGCAUCAAGCACGGUUACGACUUCUCCUGCCUCUUUAAAGACGUCCUUAGCACCGACUGCCGCAACAAGCCUGCGAGCCCCUGGGCCGUUAUGACCGCAAUGAUCAUCUUCACUAUAAUCGGACUCAUUAUAGGCGUGCCGCUCUGCAUCUUCUACCGCAGCAGCCAGGCCGUGAAGAGAAAGCUCUUCGCGUGUUGCUGCCCGCAGCGACUGGAAGAACUGGCCGAGGAGGAAGAGGCGAAGAGACAGGCGAAAAUCGCGCAGCCGAGGCCGUGGGAGCUGCAGCAGCCGGGGGUGAAAUCCGCGUUAAAGAGUGGCAGCAGGGCGGGGGAGGAGGAGGACGGGGAGGAUAGCAACUGGGUGAGGUCGGAAGAUGAUGAGGACGUGGAGUGCGGGAGAGGGAGGGGCGGCAGCAGCAGCAGCAGCCGGGAUGCAAAGCCGCCUGUUCCGCGCACUAGGAGCUCGCAGGCAGGCGCAGCAGCAGCAGGAACAGGAGCAGCAGGGGGAGUGCCGCGGGCUGUGUCCGCUGGCUCCUCCGCCUCUGGUGGUGGUUUCUCCAGUGGUGUGCGGCGCGUGGCAGCUGCUGGGCCCGCAGGCAGAGGGAGAGGAGGCGGCAGAGGGAUGGGGAGAGGGAGAGGGGGAAGGGGAGGGAGAGGGGGAGGGAGAGGAAGGGGAGUGCCGCGGGCAAUGUCAGCGCAGGGGGCAGUGGCGCGCUCAGUCUCUGUGGAGGCAGCAGCGCCAGGGAGGGGGGUUGCGGGCGGACAGGGCGUGCCGAGGGCUGUGUCUGCAGAAGCAGCCAUGCACACAGGUGGGGACAGUCAGAGAAUGCUGCCAGCGGCGGUCGGAGCGGGAGGAGCAGGUGGAGCAGGUGGUGCUGGGAUGGGUGGUUUUGGUGCAGGCGGGGCGGCAGGAGGAGCAGCAGGGAGAGCGGAUGGGCUGACUCGGGCCGGUCCCAGAAGCACCGUGCGUUUCAUGAGUGAUAAUGGGCGCGGCGAGGGGGAGCACUAUGGCGGGAGACGGGAUGAGGACGAGGAGGAGGAGGAUGAUAUGGCUAGGGGUGUGGAGUAUGAGUAUGAUGACAUUGACAUGGACUCGCCUGGGGGGCAUGGUGGUGUGUAUACAUCAUACAGCCAUGGCAGGAGCGGCAGCGCUGCUGCUAUUCGCCAGCCGCCCCGCCACAUGCCGGCACCCACACGCGACUACGAUGACGAGGAUUCUGACCUGGAUGACGUGGAGGAGUACACUCCUGUGAGGGGGCCACGUCAGCAAGAGAUGUCCGGGCGGCAUGAGUAUGAACAGUCGCACGGUCGAGGGUCAAGUAUAUCCCUUCCGACUGUUGCUCUCCCUUCCGCCGUCGCUCUCCCUUCCGCCCGUCGCCCUUCUUUCCCCCUCGUCGCCCUGCCUUCCGUCCGUCGCCCACCCUUGUUCCCGUCGCCCUCCCUUCCCGUCGCCCUCCCUUCCCGUCGCCCUCCCUUCCCGUCGCCCGCGCUUCUUCCCGUCGCCCUCCCUUCCCGUCGCCUUCCCUUCCCGUCGCCCGCGCUUCUUCCCGUCGCCCUCCCUUCCCGUCGCCCUCCCUUCCCGUCGCCCUCCCUUCCCGUCGCCCUCCCUUCCCGUCACCCUCGCUUUCCCCGUCGCCCUGCCAUCCACUCCCCGUCGCCCUCGCCUUCCCUCCCGUCUCCCUUCCCAUCUCGCACACUUGUCACCCUCCCUUUUCUCUCCCUACUCCCUCUUUUCCCUCCCUCCAAUAAUCGCCUUCCUUCCCCCAACUUAUACCCCUUCCCUGCUUCCCCCCAUCCCCUGCCCUGCUUCCCCCCAUCCUCUUCAUUCUUUCCCCGUAUCCCCAGCCCUGCUUCCCCCCAUCCCCUUCCCUGCUUCCCCCCAUCUCCUUCCCUUCUUCCCCCCAUCUCCGUCCCUGCUUCCCCCCAUCCCCCUCCCUGCUUCCCCCCAUACCCCUUCCCUGCUUCCCCCCAUCCCCUUCCCUGCUUCCCCCCAUCCCCUUCCCUGCUUCCCCCCAUCCCCUUCCCUGCUUCCCCCCAUCCCCUUCCCUGCUCCCCCCCAUCUCCAUCCCUGCUUCCCCCCAUACCCCUCCCUGCUUCCCCCUAUCCUCUUCCCUGUUCCCCCCCAUCCCCUUCCCUGCUCCCCCCCAUCCCCUUCCCUGCUCCCCCCCAUUCCCUUCCCUGCUUCCCUCAUCCCCUGCCCUGCUUCCCCAUGUCCCCUGCCCUGUUUCCCCCAAUCCCCUUCCCUGCUCCCCCCCAUCCCCUUCCCUGCUCCCCCCCAUUCCCUUCCCUGCUUCCCUCAUCCCCUGCCCUGCUUCCCCCAAUCCCCGUCCCUGCUUCCCCCCAUCCCCCUCCCUGCUUCCCCCCAUACCCCUCCCUGCUUCCCCCCAUCCCCCUCCCUGCUUCCCCCCUGCUCUAUUCCCCCCUGCUCUGUUCCCCCCUGCUCUAUUCCCCCCUGCUCUAUUCCCCCCUGCUCUCUCCCCCCUUGCUCUCUCUCUUCUCACCUCCUCACUCUGUUUCCCCCUUGCUCACUCGGUUUUCCCAUUGCUCAUUCUCUUUCCCCCUGCUCACUCUCUUUCCCCAUUGCUCAUUCUCUUCCCCGCUGCUCAUUCUCUUUCCCCUUGCUCAUUCUGUUUCCCCCUGCUCAUUCUGUUCCCCCCCUGUUCACUCCCUUCCCCCAUGCCCACCCUCUUUCCCCCUGCUCACUCCCUUUCCCCCCUUCUCACUCUCUCCCCCCCUCCUCACUCUCUUUCCCCCCUGCUCAAUGUCUCCCCUGCACUCUGUUUUUUCCUGCUCAUUCUGUACAAGUCCCCAGCACCAGGUGUAG